CGUUCCUGUCCAAAGCGUAGAUUUGCCUAUCCAUUUCCGAGCAUACCACAACUUCAGGACUAUCAUCUAUUUCAUCAUCCUACCUUGUUACUCCGAGUUGUCGCCUAACUUUCACGACGUGAGGUCUGCGUAGAUCGCUUCACGCCAGGCUGAGGCUAGGCCCAAACUCUCCCUUCAUUCGCGCUCCGUUCAUCGUCUUACCUCUCGCUGUAAAUGUUUCCAUCCCAAAAUGACUGCACCUCAGUUCACAGUCUUGAUCAGACUCCCUUUCGUUCGGGGCAGUUUUGUUGAUCCGCCACAGGCGCAAUGGGAUGCCGAGAAAGACCGCCAGCUAUGGAAAGUCAUAUCCAAAACCUCAAAGACUAGCGAUCUCAACUGGGUCGAAUUGGCAAUUAAGUUUCGCGUUCCUCCCACGUUUCUCUUACAGCAGGCAGCAUGGCUGUAUGAGCGACAUCUGCAACAUGUACGGGACCAGAUGAAGAAAGUCACCGUUCCAGCUGCGGUGGCUGCUGCUUCCCCUAGCGGCAGCAACUUCAAUCCUCUCAGUGGGGUUGCGAUGCAGAGAACUGGGAGUGGUGGCUCGGAAGCUCCGAGGACUCCAAGGACAGUACCUGCGCUACCCGUGCAACAGUGGGAUAGUCCAAACAUUCGAGGGGGCGACACAAUAACCGCUGGUCCUUUACUCUCACGGACACCAUCUACAACCACACUAACUCAAUCCCGAGCAUACGCCCAGCAAGUGCCUAAGCGGAUUCCAUCCACGCUUUCAGCCCAGCGGUCAAACAGCCGGAGAUCAGAAGAUCAAACAAGCAUGGCUCCCAGCGACCCACACGAUUCGGUGAACUCUCCAAGUGUAUUAGAUUCAUCUUCGUCAGGCUCGUCUUCCCUAUCAGACACGAACCACCCAGCCCAUCGAAGUCAACUGUUCAAGCGCCCGCCACGCUUCCGGCAACAGCGCCCGCAGGACCUGGCAACAUUCGAAGAAGGCGACGGUACGCAGGAGGCAGAGCACUCCGGUUCGCAUGGCCACUUACCCCUGCCCUUCGCAUCCGCAGCGAGGCGCCAAAACGAGAGGGAGGCAUACACGCAAGACAUGCCUUUCCGCGCAAGCACCAGACGUGAACAGAAAGCCCCUCAAACCGAUGGCGCGAGCAAUCCCACACCUACCAGGCACUUGCAGCAAGAUGAUCAGCAGUCGCAGGCAUCGACCGAGACGGCAUCGUCGAUAACGAGCUUUGCUGACGAUGCAGCGAAACUCGCACCGAUUAGCCCCAUGAGUCCGCCUGCGAACCACCGCGCGGAGCUGGCGAGACUGGGCAGUCCGAGGGCUAUGGGAUUGAGGAAGGAGGGUAGUGAGGGCACGCCGAGUAUGGGCAGCAGUUUUAGUGAUAUUGAUGAUGCGGGGAUUAGCCAGUCGGCGUUGGAGGAGGCACUGCUGAGCAACAUGCAGCAUGGCAAGAUGAGCACGUUCAGUCGGAUGUCGCGAUAUCUUUGAGUAUGCAUCUUUCGGGUAGUGUCACAUAACUGGGUUGGUUAUAUCGGAGUAAUCUCGCAGGUUGAGGAUUUCAGGUUGGAUAGAAAGGUCAUUUCACUCCCCUCAAGCUGCUUUCACUUAUUACAUCACUUCACCUACUCAGUAGGCUGUAGUUAGUCUUGGCGUUAUCAUCUGCUUCUCUCAAACUCGCACAUUUCUUCCCUUUU